GGUGUUUGCAGUAGGGUGGGGACGGAUGUGUGACAAACCGGGCCAGUGCAAACAGCAAAACAAACAGCCGCAGAUCUUGCAGAAUACUGCUAUCGAAGUUGCGUCUGGAAGCAAGUGCAGAUAUGGACGCUUUCUGUUCUGUGCAGGGGGAGCAGAUGCACAGGGGAUGCCUCAUGAUGCUUGUAUGGGCGACUCAGGGGGACCACUCGAGUGCAAAGACAAAUUAGGAAAGAUCUUUGCGUGCGGAGUGGUAUCAAAGGGUCCGUCGAAGUGUGGAUUCGAACCAGGGGGCUAUGUCAAAUUGGCCAGACAAGCGAUCAUCUUGUGGCUAAUCAAUCAAGGUCAAGCCAGCACAGCUGGAAGAAUCGAAACUAAUGUCAGAGGAAACAUUGAGGAGAGAAAAGAAUCAGGAACCUCACUAAAUUCCGCCACAGGAAGGAUGUUUAUUCUUAUUGUGUUAUUAAUCUUCAUUAAAGAAGAUUUUAGCAUACGUUCUUAAUAUUUAUCAACACAAUUUUAAAAACUGAAUGAUGUUAUUAGUGUGAUUUAAUUACGCGCGCAAAAACUAAUGAAAUUUAAAAAAACUGACAAUUA